AUCUACCUCUAUUAGUCUAUGUACUUCUCAACAUUCUUAGUUGGUUGAUGCUUGAAACCCAUUUGACUGCUACAUUGAGAGCUUAAUUUUGGGGGAAAUCAGAGAUCAUGCCUCGAAGGUACGCGUUCGGGAGGGCGGACGAGGCCACCCAUCCUGAUUCAAUGAGAGCCACUCUGGCCGAGCUUGUCUCCACUUUCAUCUUUGUGUUUGCAGGGGAAGGCUCUGUUCUUGCUCUUGAGCAUGUGUUUGGUGCAUCAGACAAGCUGUACAAGGAAACAGGGCCGCCGGCUUCCGGCCUGGUGAUGAUCGCCCUGGCGCAUGCGCUGGCACUGUUCGCCGCGGUGGCAGCUAGCAUCAACGUCUCCGGUGGACACGUCAAUCCAGCUGUCACCUUUGCGGCCCUUGUUGGAGGGAGGAUCUCGGUUGUUCGCGCAAUCUAUUACUGGAUUGCGCAGAUCCUCGGUUCCAUCAUCGCCUCUCUCCUGCUCCGUCUCGUCACAAACGGCAUGAGGCCGGUUGGGUUCUAUGUGACAUCCGGGGUGGGCGAGGGGAACGGGCUGAUACUGGAGAUUGUGCUGACGUUCGGGCUGGUGUACGUGGUCUACGCCACGGCCAUCGAUCCCAAGAGAGGGAGUUUGGGGAUCAUGGCGCCACUAGCGAUUGGGCUCAUAGUCGGGGCGAACAUCUUGGUCGGUGGCCCGUUCGAUGGCGCGGCAAUGAAUCCGGCGAGGGCGUUCGGGCCGUCGUUGGUGGGAUGGAGAUGGAAGAACCAUUGGAUCUACUGGCUGGGUCCUUUCCUCGGCGGAGGGUUGGCGGCGAUCAUCUACGAGUACAUGAUCAUCCCCACCGAGCCGCCGCUUCAUACCCAUCAUCAGCCUUUGGCUCCUGAAGACUACUAAGCUUACUGCCAUUGCUGAGUGGAUCUCAAAGAGUUGUAAAGCAGCACGCUUACCUUACCUGCACCUUGUGUUUGUUUUUGUAUCUCUUUUUACCGGGGACUGAGACUUGGUUUUUUUUAAGUGUUGUGUUCAUUGUCAAUGCCAUGUGUCUUUGUUGAACCCUUCAUAGUGUCCUGUGAUGGAAAUAAAAUGUGUGUCAUCUUUGUUCCCCUUUAUAGAAGCG